GAGAGAGAGAGAGAGAGAGAGAGAGAGAGAGAGAGACACAGUGUGGAGCUCAGAGUAUUCACUGUGCUGCAGGCAGGGCCAGCACAGGCACAUCUCAACAGUGACCUCAAUGCUGUGUGUACAAUAUAAUAACCACACAACAAUAAACACUCACUGUACUACACUUUACAGCAGAGGCAGAGACGCACAACUGGGCCUGCUGUUCACUGACUUCCUGUUCUCUCUCUCUCUCCCCUCCUCCCUCCUCUGUUACAGGCAGUCUGAGAGAAGGGCCGAACGCAGUUUCAACAGGGAGUCGAGAGCUCACAGCAGCCAGGAUCCCUUUCAUCGACUGGAACUACAGACAGAGCACCGAGAACAAGAGAAACAAGGAGAGCUAGCCGAGGAGACGCUUCCUUUCCUGGGGAUUAUAUUUACAGACGACAGGAGAGAGGCAAGAGUCUGUUUCCUGUACUGCUGCUCUUCAGACAGGACCAGCUGAUGCAGCCAAGAGAGAUCCAGUUAGAGAACAAGCUGUCUCCCUCUCCCUCUCCCUCCCUGCUGUGGGCGUUGAUGGAAACAGUUUUAAGAGUCGGGGAAUGUGGAGUUGCUGUUUUAUUUUUCUCGCUGUGAGUGUCCCUGGCUGGCCUUGCUUUCUCUUUCUCUUUCAUUUUGAGCUUUUUGUUCUGUUUUUGUUUCUCGUUGCUCAAGAAAGAUUCUGAGAAACAGACGGAGAAAGACGUAAGAAGAUACAGAAAGCGAGACAGCAAGUUUUUUUUUUUUUUUCAACUAAGUAAUGAGAAGGGAGUCGUCAUUUUAAUCUAUUAAACCAAAAAAAAAAAUCCAUUGCAUUCCUUUAUCAGAAUAAAGACAAUCAGUAAUAGUAAUCAAUAACAGAUCCAUCUGUCAUGGGCUCGGAGAAGGACUCGGGCUCCCCCCACUCCUCCGUCAGCGGCGCUCCCAAUCCCAAUCCCAAUCCCAAUCCCAAAUGCCGGAGCAGCAAGCGCAGACGCAUCUCCUUCCAGAACCUGUUCAACGGGAAGUCUCGCUCUCGAUCCAAACAGACCCAGUCCCAGCAGCAGCCCUCAACCCCACUCCAGGACCCCCUCUCCACUGGGGGGGCCGGUGCCAGCCUCUCCAGCCUGUCUGACAGCGGGCUGCUGCAGACGAGAGAGGGGGUCUCUGACAGCGGGGCGCAGACGGGAGAGGGGGUCUCUGACAGCGAGGUGCAGACGGGAGAGGGGGUCUCUGACAGCAGGGCGCAGACGGGAGAGGGGGUCUCUGACAGCGAGGUGCAGACGGGAGAGGGGGUCUCUGACAGCGGGGUGCAGACGAGAGAGGGGGUCUCUGACAGCGAGGUGCAGACGGGAGAGGGGGUCUCUGACAGCGGGGUGCAGACGAGAGAGGGGGUCUCUGACAGCGAGGUGCAGACGGGAGAGGGGGUCUCUGACAGCGGGGUGCAGACGAGAGAGGGGGUCUUUGACAGCGGGGUGCAGACGGGAGAGGGGGUCUCUGACAGUGGGGUGCAGACGGGAGAGGGGGUCUCUGACAGCGGGGUGCAGAUGGGAGAGGGGGUCUCUGACAGCCGCAACACGUUGAACUCUGGGGCUGGUGAGCGUCGCGGCUCCGGAUCCAGUUCUGGUUCCGGCUCGGCCCUGCUGGAAUGCCCCCUGUGCCUGGUCCGGCAGCCCCAGGACCGGGUCCCGGAGAUCAUGACCUGCAGCCACCGCUCCUGCCUGGGCUGCCUGAGGCAGUACCUGCGCAUCGAGAUCACAGAGAGUCGGGUGAACAUCAGCUGCCCCGAGUGUGCUGAGCGGCUCAACCCCCACGACAUCCGUCUGAUCCUGUCCGACCCGGCGCUCAUGGGCAAGUACGAGGAGUUCAUGCUGCGCCGCUACCUCGCCGCCGACCCCGACUGCCGCUGGUGCCCGGCGCCCGACUGCGGGUUUGCAGUGAUUGCCUACGGCUGUGCCAGCUGCCCCAAGCUCUCGUGCGGCCGGGAGGGCUGCGGCACGGAGUUCUGCUACCAUUGCAAGCAGGUGUGGCAUCCCAACCAGACCUGUGACUCGGCACGGCAGCAACGAGCACUCAGCCUGAGAGGCAGGACCAAGCACUCCUCGGGGGUCAGCCACGGACCGGACAGCGGGGCAGAUGACAUCAAGCCGUGCCCUCGCUGCAGCGCUUACAUCAUCAAGAUGAACGACGGCAGCUGCAAUCACAUGACCUGUGCGGUGUGUGGCUGUGAGUUCUGCUGGCUGUGCAUGAAGGAGAUCUCAGACCUGCACUACCUGAGCCCCUCCGGCUGCACGUUCUGGGGUAGGAAGCCGUGGAGCAGGAAGAAGAAGAUCCUGUGGCAGCUGGGCACGCUGAUCGGAGCCCCGGUGGGGAUCACGCUGAUCGCCGGCAUUGCCGUGCCCGCCAUGAUCAUCGGCAUGCCUGUGUACGUGGGCAGGAAGAUUCACAACCACUACGAGGGCAAGAAGACUUCGAAGCACAAGCGGAACCUGGCGAUCACGGGGGGCGUGGUCCUGUCUGUGAUCGCCUCGCCUGUUGUUGCAGCCGUCAGCGUGGGUAUCGGGGUACCCAUCAUGCUGGCCUAUGUUUACGGGGUGGUCCCGAUCUCGCUGUGUCGCAGAGGGGGGUGUGGAGUCAGCAGAGCCAACGGGACGGGGGUCAAGAUCGAAUUCGACGAGGACGAAGGGCCGAUCACGGGUGAGCUUUCCACCGUCUCACUCCCUCUCCCCCUCUCUCUCUCCUCCACUCUCUCACUGCUCCCCCGCUCUCACAUCUUGUUUUUUAAAUCAUCCUACCCCCUCCCCCCCCCCCCCACCUGUCUCCCCCCAGUGGGCAGAUGCCUACGGCGUGCUCUGAAGAGCACCAGUCUGGGGGAGAGCAGUCGGGAGGGGUGUUGCCGGACUGAACUGCUGGUUGUGGUGACCUGGUUCUACUGGCUCACCCUGUGUCUGUGCGCCCCCUGCAGGCUGGAGGUCCAGGCUGACUUCCUCAAGGAGUCUUUCUACAAGGACACUGUGAGCCUGGGCACCGUGAGCGACAACGCCAGCACUACAGCCAUGGCAGGGUCCAUCAUCAGCUCCUACAACCCGCAGGACAAGGAGUGCACAAACCUGGAGAUCCAGGUGGACAUCGAGACGAAGCCGCCCCGGCUGCGCCUGGCCAGCGGGGGCAGCGUGGAGGAGCUGCUGCAGAGCCACGCCCCGUUGCUGGCGGAGGAGCCUGAAGACAGCAGCUCCAGGAGGGGCCACGGCACCGACGUGACGCUGGCUCAGUCUGAAAGCAUCCGCAGCGACCUGGAGGCAUCGGACACGCAGUCAGAGGGGCUCCCCGAACUGCCCUCCGAGGAGAGCGGGGACCCCCCACACGCCUGAGACCAUUAAAACAGAGUACUGAGAAUACUACCACUGAGACCACCUGGAGCCCUUCUUAUUGUGUACGCCGAGGCGGAGAGCACAAAGCACGCCUCUAGCGCUCUCGCCCUCUCUCUCUUUCCUUGUCACUAACUUCAAAGCGCUCAGUCAGAAGGUAAAACUGCUGUAUAAGAAACUAGAAAAGUCAUGUUGACAAAGGUUUCAUCCAGUGCCUUUAUCACUGCACGGGGUGGCUGUUUGUGUGAUUACCUUUUCUUCUGUCUGGUUUAAGACCAGUUUUAUUUUUGGGGGAGGGGAAAGUGUGGCAGGAGGUAUUGUUGUUGUUGUUAUUAAAGCUAAUGCAAAUAGUUUAGUUUUUCUUUUCCUGUUUUCUCUUUUGAUACGAAGUAUCAAGAGUCAACCGAGGAGUGAAACCGAGAAGAAAAACAAACCCACGCGGUUCUUAUUUCUAACUCAGCGGAGGUAGCAGUUCCAUUGCGUGCGUGCGAGUCCUGCUGCGAGGCAGGCUGGACGGCAGGGUCAGGAAUGAGUGCAGACCUCAACAGUACGGCUCUCUGCUCCUCCCCUUCUCAGCCUGGAUUUCUUAUUAGUGUGUUUUUAAUUUAAUGCACGCUGCUGCACAGCAAUGGCCAAAUGUUUAAACUGCAUUGUUUUGUUUAUUUGUUAUUUUUUGUCUUGGCGCACGCCUCCUGGUGAUGACAAUGAAUACAGUGUUUAAAAA